UGACGUUUCGCAAACACAAUAAUUUUUCAUUAUUUUGCUCACUUGCAGAAGCUUCGUUGCGUUGUCUCGUUAAAUUGUGCGAUAAAUAUUGAUUAAUUUGACCAGGAAAAUCUUUUUUUAUUAAGAAUACAACGAGUUCAUUAAAUGUGUAAUAAGUGAACGGUGUCCAGAACCAUGAAUACCGCCGAGGAGAUCUCCGUAGUGGAUGUGUACGAUUUGGCUUCCGACGUCGGGAAGGAGUUUGAGAAAAUCAUCGACAAAAAUGGGCCUAAUGCCGUGACGGAUCUUAUUCCUAAAGUUAUCAACAUUUUGGAGCUACUGGAAACCCUCGCGGUUCGCAGAGAGGGGGAGUGUGCGUUGGUGCAAGAAUUAAAUGAUAAAAUAUCGCAGCUGGAAAAUGAUAAACAGGAAAAGGCCGAGUUCAAGAAAAAAAUCGAUAAGGAAAUGGAGGCAAUUGAAGAACAAUGGCGCAUCGAGACACGUGACUUGUUACAACUUAUAAGUCGUUUGCAAAACGAAAACCGACGAUUGGCCAAAGCCCAAAGUACUGAAACUAUGUCUUCUAAAAGUUACCCAACCGACACACCAAACGUCGAAAACCAACCGCAAAUGUUUUGUGCAAACUGUGACUCAUCUACUAUUUCCAAGCUAAAAACAAAAAUCAAUGAACAGAGCGGCGAUCUAAAGUUCAAGGAACGUGAACUUCAUGAGAAGCUGUCUGAGAUAUCCGCCAUGUCGUCUCAAAUCGAAAGACUGAAAAGUUCGUUGGGCGAAUGUCGUAGAAGGCAAAAGCUAUCGCAGAAUCAGAUGAUAACACUAUUCGAAGAACGCGCCGAUUUUCUCGCCCAGCUGCAAGAUCAGCAACAUGAGAUAACUAUGCUGCGAAAACGGCUUGGCAUAGCCGAGAAGGAAAACGAAGAUUUAACAGACAUAGUCAAGGAGGACGAAAAGCCUCGAUUUUCAACGGUGGAGUUGAAGGAGGUGCUGACAGAACGAAACGAACUGAAGUUAAGGGUGAAUGACUUGGAACAGGAACUCCUAGUAUGCAAACAACCGAAUGCCGCUGAUAUCGAAAACGACACAUCCUGUCCUUCCUCCACCCACGAUUUGCCCGUGCAGGGUCCAUUGCCAUAUGAACCAGACGAUGCUCCCUGGAAGAAACAUUCCGAGAGCGGCAUCCGCAAGUUCUUCCGAAAGUUGUUCUCUGAUGUGAACAGCGAAACUGCAAGCUUCCCACGCCGCUCAGUAUCUACUUUGACUAAAAUGGCACUAUCAUCUGGACCUCACAGCGACAUUCCGAUAUAAGUGAUUUUAUCAUUAUAAUCAGUAUUAGUAACUUGUUGUGAUGUUCUUAGUUUGUUUUAAGUAGUAUAACGUUAAACCAUAGUUCCAGUAGAAAAAUAUCAAUGUCAAAAAUG